AUGCUCGCCCAAACCGCAGUUGUGCUCUAUGCACUUCUAACGAAGUCAUUCGUUUCAGCUUCCGCUUUCUCCCUCCAAGGGAGAAGCCGCACGGAGACGGCUCUCGCCGCCUUGGCUGAGCUGACUGUCGACGAUGGCAUCAGCAUGAAGUGGACCAGGUCAAUCUAUCCGGGCGAGGAGCCUGUUGAUCUCUAUGGUGAUGCUAAGGAUAUCUAUGAGGCCAUCAGGGUCGUCAACCCGAUUUUGGGCCAGAAGUUGUGCCCGCAGAGCGGUCGAUUGACGCUGGUCUGGACACCUCGCCUGGUGUAUUCAAACGGCAGAGUGCAAUUAGUUGCGUGGUCAUGGCCACUGGCAGUAAAACUGACGCAGGCGAUGCUGCGGAAUAUCUCCGUGCCCUCUCGGGCAAUUGUGGUGCUCCGAACAGAGAAUGCCGCCGUAUGA